AACCGUUGCAGGGCUCCCAAGGCCCUGAGGUAGGACGGUCGGUCGCUGACGCCCUCCCCUUGCGGCCCUGAGGUACCUGGCCUGGUGGCCCCAGGACGUUCCCGUCGCAUGGCGGAGUGCUACGGACGAUGCCUAUGAAGUCCUUAGUCCUUCUAGUUGGGCUGUUGCUAUGGCCUUCGUCCGUGCCGGCGUAUCCGAGCAUGACUGUGACACCUGACGAAGAACAGAACUUGAAUCAUUAUGUACAAGUUUUACAGAACCUAAUACUCAGUGUUCCUACUAGGGAGCCAAUUCGUGGGAGAAAAUCAAAGUCCCCAAAUGAUAUUUAUUCUAGAGGAUCGAAGGUAUCACAAGUUGAGGAGACAGUUACACAUGGAGGAGCUUCAACUGAGAAUGAUGUUUUAAUCAAUCCUAUCAGUGAAGAACCUACAACUUUCCCUACUAGCGGCUUCACACUGGGAAUAGGGAAGAAAAAAGAUACCGAAAGUACAGCGUUCUGGUCGAUUAAACCAAACAAUGUUUCUGUUGUUUUACAUGCAGAAGAACCUUAUAUUGAAAAAGAAGAGCCAGAGCCAGAGCCAGAGCCAGUUUUAAAAGAAAAGGAGGCACCAAAGCCAUUCCCAGAUGUUACUCAAUUAUCUCCAAGUCCAGAUGUCACCUCAGGCAAACCGUUUCUCACCUCUUCAGGUAGGAGCACUGACUGGGAUACCGGCGCAGAAACAGAGGAUGUUCCUCAGCUCUCAGGUGAAUAUGAAAUGGACAAACCUGAAGCGCUAACAUUUGACAAACAUUUGAAUAAUGAUGACAUUUUGAAAAAAAUUUCAGAUAUUAACUCAGAGGUGCAACAGGUGCCUCUUGCUGAGAGCCUCAAGCCGGAAUAUAGGGAGGACAUUCAAGCCUCUAGAGAUCACCUAAAACGAAGCCUUGCUCUGGCAGCAGCAGCAGAACAUAAAUUAAAAAAUAUGUAUAAAUCCCAGAUGUCACCAGUAGGACGAAGCAGUAGUGAAAUUGAUGACAUUGAAACUGUUAUUAACAUGCUGUAUAAUUCUAGAUCUAAAUUACCUGAAUAUUUAGAUAUUAAAUAUGUUCCACCAGAGAUGAGAAGAAGAGCUACUACAGUAUUCAAUACAUUGAAAAAAAUAUUAUGUGUAAGUCGAGCAGAAACUCAAAACCUUAUUAGGAAGUUAUUAAACAAUAAUAUAAAAAUUUUAAAUUUACUUGAUAUUCCAUGACAAAGUUAAUUUAAGCAAACUGUGCAUUUAUUCACAGGAGAAAUAACCAUUUUAAUGAUUUAAAAGUUGUAUAAAAAUAUACUCUAUUAUAGUUCAAUAUGCUAACAUCUUUACAUGUCAUGUGUUAUGGAAAAUUUUGAUAUGCACUAAGGGCCUAAUAAUUUAAAAUAAAAUUUUGGUUCAGGAGUUUGUAGUUUUUUCUCUUUAAUUAAUUAAAAAAGUUACGAAGAUCUAAUCUUUAAAAUGUUUAAGCUUUGAUUUUACUUGAAUAGAUUAGUUAAAUCCACCUAUUUUAUAAGAGCUAAGAGACUGUACAGUCUAUAUAUGUAGCUGGUUUUAAAUAAUUGCAUAUAAAUGUAAAUUUUAGGAUAUAUGGUCUUUGUAAUCUUUCAGAGAAUCUGAGUUUUCUGUUUGAAUAGCAUAGUUGGAGCUUGUAUCAGAACAACUUUUAUUUGGAGAUAUAUGUGCCUCAUUUGAAAGGUGGAUGAUAUAUUAAGAUAUAUCUCUGUUCCUUUGUUGUUAAGUACUUUUGAAGUAUCAGCAGGGGGCUGUAACCUGGAUUUGUAAUGAAGUCAUUCUCACUUAUCUCCUCUGUUUGUUUAUUCACGUAUACAUUGAAGCUUUGCAAAUCUUUUAUUUGGGAGUAUGACUAACACCUUUAAGAUUAACUGUGUACUAUUGUAAUUAUGGUUUAGGUAAUUCUCUUUCAUGAUUUGACCAGUAUUAUAUUUAAAUUUAUUUAUUUGUUCAUUUAUCAAGUCAGUCAUUUAUAGUUUAAUAAAGAUUUAUUGACCUUUUACUAGGUGCAGGACAAAAUGCUAGGCUUUGGGGAUACAAUAAUAAGACCUAGCUCCUUCUUUCUUUAAGAUUAUAUUUUAGCAGGAAAGACAAACAUUAAACAAAUAACUUCAACAAUUUUUAAAUUUCAGUUGUGACAAGUUGUUAUGAAGGUGUAAGAAAUUUGACCUCACCUAGACCGAGAAUAAUGGGAAAGCUACCCUGAGAAAGUAGGAUUUAAGAUGAGAUCUGAAAGAUGAGGGCAUGUGUAAGGGGGCAUGGGGCAUUCCAGGCAGAGAGAACAGCAUGUAUGAAUGCUCUGAGUUGAAAAUGAAUAUGGCAAGGUCAAGAAGCAGCUGGAGUCUAGAAAGACAAGGAAGAGCAUCUCAAGAUGGAGCUGCUGAGGUACACAGGGUUGCAAUAGAUCCUGCAAGGCCUUAAAGUGCAUAUUGAAGAUUUUAGCCUUUAUCCUGCGAUCAACAAAGAGCCGUUAGUGGAUUUUAAGCAAAGGAUGGGUAAGAUCAAAUUUGUAUUUAAAAAAAACCACUUUGGCUACAGUUUUGGACAUAAGCUAAAGUAGAAGUGCACUGCGCACAGGCCAAAUUUAGCUUGGACUAGGCGGAAAGCAGUGGCAAUGAAGACUUAGAAACAACACAAGUUGAUGAUUGAGUGUAUAUAGGAACUGAGGAAUUUUCAGGGAUCAAAAAAAAUUCCCACACAAUUAGCUAUAUUAUAAAAAGGACUACAUAGGUUUUAUUUCAUAAUAACACUCUUUACUGUUUACUGUUGUUUAUUUUUACAAAUAAUUUUACUAUGGAAAAUUUCAAACACGUGCAAAACUAAACAGAUUAAUAUAAUAAACCCAGGUACGUGUCAUCCAGUUUCAACAAUUAUCUACUAGUCUUCACCUAAACCCCCACCCCAUUCCCUUUUUCCUGUCUUAUAUUGAAUUAAAUCCCAGGUACUUUUUCAUUUCAUCUGCAAAUAUGACAGUGUGAAGCUCUAUAAGCUUUUUGAAAAACCGCUACCACAAUAUCAUCACACAUAAAAAUUUAAUAAUUCUUUAAUAUCAUCAAAUAUCCAAUGUUCACAUUUCCAAUUGUCUAAUAAUUUUUUAAAUUUAGAGUUUGUUUGAAUGGAUCAAGAUCCAAAUAAAGUACACAUA